AUGUGGGGGGCUCCGGGGGACCCCUGCCGCCCGCUGGCGCUGCUACCGGUGCUCUGGCUACUGACCCGCGCGGCGCGUCCCCACGACAGCCCGGACCCCCUGCAAUGUUACUGUGUUGGGCCAAGGGGGAACCUGAACUGCUCCUGGGGUCUCCUUGGGGACCAGGAAGAGCCAUCCACCCUGCAUCUGGAGAGCCGGAAGUAUCACCCCAACAAGACCUGGACAGUGGCAGUGCCCCCAGGGCAGGGCUGGGUGACCCUGGCCCGGGAAUACCUCACCGAGUCUGACCAGCUCCUCGUCUGGGGGGCCAUGGGGAGCCGACGGCUCUGGCCCCCGGUCCUGGUGAACCUGGAGAGUCGAAUGAAGCCGGACGCGCCCGUCCUGGACUCUGCCGUGGAUUUUCCGGAGGAGGCGCCCGGGGAGGCGAGGAUCACGUGGCACCUGCCCGCCUGGCCGCGGCACAAGCGCCUGGUCUGCAGGUUCCACUAUCGGCGAGGCCAGGAGGCCACCUGGACCCAGCUGGACCUGGACCCAGCGUCCACCGCCCUGAGCCCUCUGGAACUCCAGGACCUGCAGCCCGUCACAACCUAUGAGGUGCGUGGCCAGUGCCGCAUGGAGACCGAGGAGGACCUUUGGGGCGAGCUGAGCCCCAUCCUCUCCUUCCAGACGCUGCCACCCGCUCCAGAGGAGGUGUGGAUCUUGGGGCAUGGCUGCGGGUCGCUGGGUGCACAGGACCCCAUGCUUCUGUGGAAGGCUCCAGAAAGCAGCAUGCAAACGAGCUAUACAGUUUGGUACCAAGUGGAGGGCAAGCUGCUGAGCCGGAGUGGGGUCCCCUGCUGUCGCGCCCCUAUCCCCACCACGGCCACAUCCGCAGGGGUGUCGGUCUCCAAUGGGGUCACCAGCCCGGAGUUCAGGGCCAACCUGUCCCUAGGUUGUUCGGCUCUAGGAUCCGCCCCCCACGACGUGGCGGUCCACGUGGCCAGGGGCAGCGGGCUCCUGGUGACUUGGCGUCGGGGCUCAGAGGCAGCCUGGGAAUACGUGGUAGACUGGGUCCCAGACACGGACACCCCUGGGGAGCUCAGCUGGGUCCGGCUUCCCCCCGACGACCUCAGUGCCCUGUUGCCAGGUCACUUCGAAGGAGGGGUCCCCUACCGGGUCACGGUCACUGCUGUCUCUCUGAGGGGCUUGGCCCCUGCCCCCUCCGUGUGGGCGUUCACCGAGGAACUAGCACCCCUCAAGGGGCCCACGCUGCAGAGACUCCAGGAUGCACCCCCCACGGCCCCCACCAUAGCGUGGGAUGAACUCCCAAGGCACCAACUUCGGGGUCACCUCACCCACUACACUCUGUGCACGCGAACAGGGACUGACGCCCCGGCCUGCAGCAAUGUGAGUGGCAGUACCCGGAGUCUCCCACUGCCCAGCCUUCCCUGGGGUCCGUGCGAGCUGUGGAUGACAGCGUCCACCCGGGCAGGACAGGGCCCCCCUGGCCCCAGCCUUCGGUUUUACCUGCCAGAAAACGUCCCCACUUGGAAAGUGGUGUUUGUUCUCCUCGCCUCCUGCUGCGUGUUCGUGCUGGGCCUGGUCUUCUGCAGAAGGUAUUCGCACCGGGUGUGGGAGAAGACUCCAGAUCCUGCCAACAGCAGUUUCUACCUCCGCCAGCCCCAUGUUCAGGAGCUGCCCUACGCCCAGCCUCCUGGGGACUUGCCUUUCCUGCAAGUGGAGGAGAUGGAGCCAGUAGCGCCCCCCGACCCUCCCAAGGCCUCCAGUCUGCUGGACACCGGGUAUGAGAAACAUUUCCUGCCCACACCCGAGGCACUGGGCCUCCUGCCCCCGUGCUCCCCAGGCCCUCGGGCUGAGCCUGAACCAGCCCCGCCCAGGGAGAAGGAUGCUCAGUGGACAGAUGAAGAUGCCGAGGAUCAGAGAAACUGAGACAGUUGCUUGAGGACACACAGGGAAAUGCUGAGAGGAUGGUUCUCCUGAAGAGAAGGCGUGUGCCCUGGAGGGCUGAGGGAGGCCCUGCCGCUGCCUCCCAGUCUGUCCCGCCCUGCAGAAGCCUCAAUGGGUAUAUCACCACCAUGCUUGCAGCUUGGGAUGGCCUGUGGACGGUUCUGCCAAUGGGAAUUGAGCAGAGGUGAACUGAAUCAAUGAUGAGAUGGGGGCGGGGCACCGGAGUCUCCUCUUCCCAUCAGCUAAAACAGCAGAGUGCCCUCCUGGUCUAACAGUGCAUGUGGUAAGGAAUGGGCCCAAAAACCAAAAGAACAGAGGGAAAAGGAAAAAGGGUCAUCUGGAGCAGCUGCACAGAGGGGAGGGCGCCGGCCCUGCACGCAGCCACCUGGGGUUUGAUCCCCGGCAUCUCCUAUGAUUCCGUGAGCCCACCAGGAGUGAGCCCUGAGCAGAGAGCUGAAGAGUCAGCCCUGAGCACAGAGCCAGGAGUCAGCCCUGAGCACAGAGCCGGGAGUCAGCCCUGAGCACACCCAGUGUGCAGCCCCCACCCAUAUAAAGGAAUCUGAGUCCCCAAGUGCCUUCCCCCGAGGAGUGUCUUUAUGGGCCACAAAAGGGAACUGAGCCCUAAGG